UCUUCUGCAGUGUUUGGUUUCUUUUAUGUUGCUGUUGUUAUGUUGUUUGUCCAGUAUAUCAUGUGUUAUUCGUGAAAGGAUCUUAUGGCGGGUUCACUGUUCUUCUUUAUCAUGAUUAACUCGUCAAGAACCUGAGGGAUUUGAUGGCCUUGUUUCUUCAUGCUUGACCUAACAUAUGACAGACAGAUGGUCAUGUCAAGCUGCCAUGCAGUAACCUAGUUUUGAUUCAUCUCUGCCGGAAAGGUUGUAGACUUUUCUUGUCUUGCAUGGCUGUGCAAGCAGCAAGUGAUAACUAUCCUUUACAUUUUAUAUGUUACGUUCUGUUCUCAGAUCUCAGUGUCGUUUUAAUCUUUCUCUGUUCGAUGUUUGGAUGAACGUGAGUUUGAUCAAAGGUGAUUUUUAUGGGCCGGAAAACUACUCGAUUCUUAUGACAUAAGCCACUGUAAUCGUGCCAGUUUCUGAGGACACACGAACAAAGAAUGAGCGGGUGGCAAUCGAGGACAUCGCAUCGAAAGGAUGAUGAUGCUGUUCUUUGUUUACUGAGGAGACAAUUCUUACGCUAUCAUGUAAUUUUUGUGCAGCAGUUGGAUCAUCUUCAUCUUCUCUGCUCUCACACCACAGCGGGAUCAUCCAUGGGCUGUGUGUCGACAGAGAUCGCGGUUCCCUUGACGGAGCAUGAUGUCGAACGAGGAGAAACAUAUGCUCUGCUUUCUCCGAGAAAUCCGAUGCCCUUGAAGACGAUCCAUCUGUCGAACAUCGACCAGACAGCAGCUUUCCCCGUCGAGACCGUCUUCUUCUACGAGACGACGCCGGACGGAGCAGAGUCCACGCUCGACAUCAUCGAAAGGGUGAAGAGGUCGGUGUCAGAGGAGCUGUUGGUCCCUUACUACUUCAUGGCCGGGAGAGUCCACUUCAACGUCGAAACGAAGAGGCUGGAGCUUGUCUGCAACAAUGCCGGCGCCCUGUUUGCCGGUGCGACGUCGAGCCUUAGCUUGAAGGAGCUCGGCGACCUCUCCGCGCCGAAUCCGUCGUUCCAGCGUCUCGUUCUCCGAGCCGAGGAAUUCGGCAGCCUCCCUGAGACUCCCAUCUUCACGAUCCAGGUGACUCGAUUCAGAUGCGGCGGGUUCUCGAUCGGUUUCAUGACGAACCACAGCAUACUCGACGGGAAAUCUGCAGUCGAGAUGCUGGACAACCUUGCUGCCAUUUGCAGGGGUGAAGAGCCGAGGAACGUGAAGCUUCAUGUCGAUAGAUCCUGUAUCCGGGCAAGAGAUCCACCACAGAUACAGUUCGAGCACGCAGAGUACAUGAAGCCGACGGAAGCCAGCAGCUUGGUCUCCCCGGACCAGCCAUCUCCAUCCUCGUUCGUGUCGAUGCUGUCCAAGAACUACGAGUACGAGGUGGCGUCUCUGAGUCUCGACAUGAUCGAUGGCCUCAAGGAGAGGGCCACGGCCGGGUGCUCCAGCUUCCAGGCGGUGGUGGCUCACCUGUGGAGGGCGAGAACGAGGGCGGUCUUCGAUGACCCAUCGGAGACCUCCUCGGUGCUGUUCGCCGUGGACGUCAGGUCGAAGAUGACACCGCGGGUGCCGGAUGGGUUCGUAGGCAACGCGGUGGUCAUGGCCAUGGCGAGCGCCAGGGUGGCGGAGCUGACGGAGCAGCCGCUGGGCUUCGCGGUGAAGAGGGUCAGGGAGGCGAUCCAGCGGGUGACGGACGAGUACAUCAGGUCAGCGGUGGAUUGGCUUGAGGUCAACAAGGGAAUGCCCGCCAUCGGCCAUGGCAACUUCAUCGUGUCAGCUUGGUGGAAGCUGCCAUUCCACGAGCUGGACUUCGGGUGGGGGAAGCCGAUCUACGGAGGGCCAGUGGUGAGCGUGAUGCAUGAGUGCGUGCUGCUGCUCUCGGACGGCAAGGGUGGCAUCAACAUCUGGCUUGCACUGGAGGAGGAGAAGAUGAAGAGCUUCUUGAGCUAUGUGUACGAGCUGUGACACCAAUGCAUGGCUGCAAAGCUGCUGUUGGCGUCACAGUGCGUAGGCAUCAAAUGCUUCUCCUAUCUUUGCAACUUAUAAUAAAAAGACACAGUCAUGAUGCUUCG